CUCAUUUUUUUAAGAAAAAAAAGACUAUUUCGUGAACAUGUCAUAAAGGAUUUUAGGAUCCAACCACAGAUUCGUGUUUCUUUUUCAUCUUUUCGGGUUGUUAUGUUUGUAACUGCACUUUUUUUUAGUUCUUUUAAGUGUUUGAACUCUGUCGGCUUUCUCAUUUUAGUCUCGUUUCCAAAGAAAUGCUAAAAUCCAUGACCAGCAGCAGCGACGACCACCUCGUCUCUCUGAUCGUAUCCUCCACCGGAAAAUCCCACCUCCGUCAGAUUCACGCCGUCUUACUCCGCACCUCCUUGAUCAGAAACUCCGACGUUUUCCACCACUUCCUCUCCCGUCUCGCUCCCCGUGACCUCGACUACUCCCGAAAGGUUUUCUCCCACAGGACCAACCCAACCCUCUCUCACUGCAACACCAUGAUCAGAGCCUUCUCCCUCAGCCAAACCCCCCGCGAAGGCUUCCUCUUGUUCCGUUCCCUGAGACGAAAACGCUUCCCUCCCGCUAACCCUCUCUCCUCCUCUUUCGCCCUCAAGUGCUGCGUCAAAUCACGCGACUUGCUCGCCGGUCUCCAGAUCCACGGCAAGAUUUUCCGCGAUGGGUUUCUCUCCGACAGCCUCCUGCUGACGACUCUGGUGGAUCUCUACUCUACAUGUGAGAACAGCGCUGAUGCUUGCAAAGUGUUCGACGAAAUUCCCAAGAGAGAUGUCGUUUCUUAUAACGUGCUCAUCACGUGUUUUCUGCGGAACAAACGUACGCGCGACGCUCUGUUUUUGUUCGAUAAGAUGAUGAGGAACGAGGUCGAUGGGUGUGUCAAACCAGACGGUGUGACGUGCUUGCUUGCUCUGCAAGCUUGCGCUAGCUUAGGCGCGCUGGAUUUCGGUAAACGAGUUCAUGAGUUUAUCGAUGGGAACGGGCUCGGUGGUGCUUUGAACUUGAACAACACUCUUGUCUCCAUGUACUCGCGCUGCGGGUCUAUGGAUGAGGCUCACGAGGUCUUUAGCCGGAUGCGGGAAAGAAACGUGGUUUCCUGGACGGCUAUGAUCACGGGUUUAGCUAUGAACGGGUUUGGGAAAGAAGCUAUCGAAGCUUUCGAGGAGAUGUUGAAGUGUGGUAUCUCUCCGGAGGAACAUACGCUGACUGGUUUGCUGUCUGCGUGUAGCCAUUCGGGUUUGGUCGAUGAAGGGAUGAUGUUUUUCGAUAGACUAAAGAGCGGCGAGUUUGAGGUGAAGCCGAAUUUGCAUCACUAUGGCUGCAUCGUUGACCUCUUGGGACGUGCUCGUCUACUCGAUGAAGCUUAUAGCCUUGUACAGUCGAUGGAGAUGAAGCCGGACUCCACUAUAUGGCGUACGCUGCUCGGUGCUUGUAGAGUCCAAGGGAAUGUGGAGCUUGGGGAACGUGUGAUCUCUCAUCUCAUCGAGCUCAAAGCCGAAGAAGCAGGAGACUACGUUCUGUUACUCAACACAUACUCUUCCGUUGGGAAAUGGGAGAAAGUGACUGAACUGCGUUCGUUGAUGAAGGAGAAAAGAAUACAUACAAAACCUGGAUGCAGUGCCAUUGAGGUACAAGGAAAGGUUCAUGAGUUUAUAGUAGACGAUGUUUCGCAUCCGCGGAAGGAAGAGAUCUAUGAGAUGCUAGCGGAGAUCAACCAGCAGCUGAAGAUUGCGGGUUACGUGGCGGAAGUAGCGUCAGAACUGCACAAUCUUGAUUCAGAGGAAGAGAAGGGACAUGCGUUGACAUACCAUAGCGAGAAGCUAGCUAUUGCCUUUGGUAUUCUUGUGACUCCACCAGGAACAACCAUUAGAGUGACCAAGAAUCUUAGAACUUGUGUUGAUUGUCAUAGUUUCGCGAAGUUUGUUUCUCGUGUUUAUGAUCGUGUUGUGAUCGUUAGAGAUCGCUCACGUUUCCAUCAUUUUAAAGGUGGGUUUUGCUCCUGUAACGACUUCUGGUGAUAUGGAUUCAGAAGAUUUGCUUCA